CGCAGCCCCUUGGCGGAUUGAUUUACGCCCCAUUGACUCUUUAUCAGGCUCGCGAAAAAGACUGACCAAUCAUUUCGCUCGAAGCACACAACAUAGCAGCCCAGCUCUACUUUGUAGGCGAACGAGUGGAGGCAGCAUUGUGGUGAGGGGGGAAAGCCCAGUUCUAUGGUACACGUUUUCCCUUCAAUGAACCGUACGUUGUAUAAUGUCCGAGAAUGUCCAUUUCUGGAACUCUAAGCAACUACUAUGUCGAUUCCAUCAUAAGUCAUGAGGGAGAAGAUCCGAGUGCUGCCCGAUUCUCCAAUGUACAGUACUCCAACUCCAGGCAAGCGGGAACUGGGGAGCAUCCCGAAUUCCCGUCGUGUAGUUUUCAGCCAAAGCCUCCUGUGUUCAGUUCAACAUGGAGUCCUUUCAGUCCCCACACGUCCAACGGCUUACCAGCGGUCUAUCAUCCUUACAUCCCAACGCAGCCCAUGCCUUCGACGGACACCCGGUACCUCCGCACAUGGCUCGACUGCGCCCCGAGAGCCGAGCCACUGCCCGGCCAGAGCCAGGUCAAAAUGGAGCCACUGUUGGGACACCUCGGAGAGCCCCCAAAAAUCGGAGGACAGCAUGAAUAUGUUUUGGAAUCCUCCUCGGCUCGGGAGAUGAAUCCCGGCCACGGCUCCGGAUUUGAAGACAGUAAGGACAUUUGCGAAGGUAGCGAGGACAAAGAAGGACCAGAUCAAAAUGAUCCAUCGGCCAACUGGUUACAUGCUCGCUCGUCCAGGAAAAAGCGAUGUCCAUACACGAAAUAUCAAACCCUGGAGCUCGAGAAGGAAUUUCUCUUCAACAUGUACCUCACCCGAGAUCGGCGACACGAGGUAGCGCGCUUGCUGAACUUGACGGAGCGGCAAGUUAAAAUUUGGUUCCAAAACCGAAGGAUGAAAAUGAAGAAAAUGAAUAAGGACCAGCCCAAGGAAUGAGGGCAAAAAGAAGCUAUCCCCAGUCUCUAAAUACCAUCUUUAAUCUGAAGUAUGCAUACCUCUGGACAAUGAUACAAGGAGUGUUUGUAGCCUGUGUGUUUACCCUACCACCCUUUCAAAAACAAACAAACAAAAACAAAACAAAACAAAACAAACAAAAAUUCUGGGAUACAGACCAGCAGUGAAUACUUACGCAUACAUUUUCUUCAUCGGUAUUCUUUUUAUGAGGCUACUUGGUUGCAAAGCUGAACACUAGUCACUAACUCGACCUAGAAAAAAAUGAAACUAUGUAAUUCAUGCCUACUAUUUGUCCUUUAUUUUGAAUUUGGUUUCCACCAUUCCUUCUAAACGUAAAUAUACCUACGGCUAUUUAUAUUUGUACUAAAAGAAAUGAAAAUCAUAAUUUUUCUUCUUUAUUUCCACAUCUUGUAAUGUGUUAUUUUAACAGUUGGGGUGUUUACGCUGUUAACAACAUUGCGGCAUUAUUAUUAUUGUUAUUAUUAUUAUUAUUAUUAUUACUAUUAUUACUAUUAUUAUUUUUUUUUUUUUCGUUACAUUUGAUGUUAUCCUUAGAUCAAGUGAACUCAUUUCAACGCCAUUAAAACAAAUAUUCAGGUAUUCAAUCAUUAACAGGCUAGCUCUUUAACGUUUUUUCUUUUUACAUUUCAUUAUUUUAUUUGAGGGUCUUAAUACUGGAAUAAAAAUAGGAAUGCUUUUCCUUUAGUUUUGCCAUGCUCAUUUUUAAUUGUAUUAUAGCAACAUAUUCCUUCUUAUAGGAUGAAAUCCUUUUACUAUAAUACUUUUGAGAUUACAUUUGACGUCUACCAUCCUGUGUUACUUUACGUUUAAUUAGACAUUAAAAACUAGAUUUAAGAGAAAUUAUGCUUACAUUAUAUACUAAUCUAAAUGAUACAGUAACAACUUCAACUUUGUUUUAUAAUUAGACAUUAACUGUACAGGCCCUUACAUACGCCAGUAUAUAUUUAAAUGUUCCCCCAAUUAUGACGUCAAGAAACGAGUUAACUUAUGGACUAUAUCUGCUGGAUGUGUUUCUAUGCGUGUAGUUAGCGUGUUAGUAACAAAUUAAUUCGGCCAAAAUGACGUAUAAUAUAAACCCAACUGAGUACAGAUUCAGUCGCAUUUACGUGUAUAAAUGUUUACAUCCAUUAGCGCAUGUCUUGUAGAUAGGUUCAGUUACCCUCUUAUGUGAUUUUCAAUUAGCUAGUGAAACUGAAAGUUCUUUCAUAUGUAGUCUUAGUAUGAGAAUUCUAAUUUAUUGUAAAUAGGAUGUUUUUCUUCUCUCGUUUUCGGUGGAUUGCGUUUUACAUUGUGUUAAAAGGGAUGAGCUUUGAAGAGUUCUUAUACUUGAAUAAGCAGGUAAACGUGUUCUUUAUACUUUCAGAUAUUGUUUACAUGUUGUUGUCAAUUUGUGUUGUCUGAGAUAACUAUUAUGUUCCAAUGUUGUUCGCUCGACUUUGUAUUGCUUUGCUUGUGCAGAAAUCCCAACAUGUUUGCAUAUGUCUAUCUUCUGUCAACUAAAAGACUGGACUUUUCUGGAGUCGCGUGCACGUCUGUCUGCUACUUUCAACAGUAUUAUUGGAGUGUGAGAUAUCAUUAACCGACCCCUCUCUAACUAUGACACUCAGACACACACACACACACACACACACACACACACACACACACACACACACACACACACACACACACACACACUUCCUUUGGCAUGCUGAAAUCGCUCCCCUUUUCCUUUUCCUUCAUUUAUUUAAUCAUUUAUUGUAGAAAAUAACAAAUUCCCUGGAUUUUGGAAAUCUCAAUGAAACGCUCUCCCAGUAACGUAACCCAGUGCUCUUUUUGUACACAACUGCUCCUGUUUUUCUCUCUGUGCGAUGGCACGGUGGAUGCUGGACUCGUAUUAAAAGUUUACAUAGAACGCAAUAUGA